AUGACUUGGACUUUUUAUUACUAUACCCCAUCCAGCCCAGGUGCGGGUAUAUUUGUUGGGCUGCUCGGCAUGAGCACCCUCCUACACUUCUACCAAUUGGUGCGAACGCGCUCAUGGUUUAUGAUCCCCUUCCUGAUCGGAGGUAUCCUCGAAACGAUCGGUUAUGUCGGCCGUCUGCUGUCGUCAAUUGAGGCCCCGGAGUACACGAAGGGGCCAUAUAUCAUGCAAAGCGCUCUCAUCCUGAUUGCACCUGCUUUCCUGGCAGCAAGUAUCUAUAUGACACUCGGAAGAAUUAUAUUCAUGCUCAAUGGAGAGAAUUUCUCGUUGAUCAGGCUGAAAUGGUUGACCAAAAUAUUUGUGACGGGUGAUGUCUUGUCUUUCUUGAUGCAAGCUUCCGGGGCUGGAAUUAUGGUGAAAGACACAACAAAUCCAUCCACUGGCGAACGCAUCAUCAUCGGAGGACUUUUAGUGCAGAUCAUCUUUUUUGGGUUCUUCAUGAUUACUGCCUUAGUAUUCCAGUCACGCAUCGUGAGCAAUUCGACGGGAAUGUCUAACGAGCUGUUAAGCCUGUGGCGUCGGCACCUAACUGCCCUGUAUAUCACCAGUGUUCUAAUUCUGGUUCGAUCGAUUGUUCGCGUUGUGGAGUACAUCCAGGGUUAUGACGGAUAUCUGAUGAAACAAGAAGUUUUCAUUUAUGUCUUCGAUGGGCUCCUGAUGCUGGUGGCAAUGCUGGUUCUCCAAUACAUCCACCCAAGUGAGAUCAAUUGUCUUAUUGGUCGUGGGGAUCGGUACUCAGAGAAGGUUUUCAAGACGCGCAAAUUCGUGCCCGAAUCAGCAUUGGAGAUGAGUGGAGCCAUGGAGGUGUAG